UUAUUUAAUCAAGAUAAAUUAUAUAAAAGUUUGCAUGUUAUUAAUCUAUGUGGAUUAAUAUCAAACAUCAAAUAUAAUAAAAUAAAAAGUGAUAAUAUAUUUUGUAACAGGGAGGUGAAUGAGGAGUAUGCAAGGGAGAUAAAGAAGCUAUCUGAGAAAAUCAUGGGAUGGUUAUCAGAAGGACUAGGGUUACAUCGUGAUGCAUUGAAGGAAGGUCUUGGUGGAGAAAAGGUGGAGUAUCUAAUGAAAAUCAUCUUCUAUCCACCGUGUCCAAAACUUGAAUUGCUCUACGGAGCUCCUCAUCACACAGAUCUCAAUGGAAUCACGUUCUUAAUAGCUGAUGAAGUAGACGGACUUCAAGCAUUCCAGGACAACAAGUGGGUCGACGUCAAGUAUGAUGACUCCGGGAUCGUUGUCAUCAUCGCCGAUCAAAUCAAGAGGAUGAGCAAUGGGAGGUAUAAGAGUGGGGAGCAUAGAGCGACGAUGGAUACAGUGAGGACGAGACUGUCGUGGCCAGUGUUCGCGGAACCGAACCUUGAUCACGUUGUCGGACCUUUGGCAGAGCUAGUUAUUGAUGAUGCUCCUAAGUACAAGCCUUAUGUCUACAGAGAGUACAAGUUUCUUAAGAUGAACAAGUUUCCACUCGACUGAAGCUAAUCUCAUUAUCCAGAAACAGAGGAGAGAAGAUCAUGAACGACUGUUUCAGUUAAUUGAUGUUGAAGUUUCGGUUAAUUACUUAUCAAUGUACUAUAUGUGCUUUUAUAAAUAAAUGCUGAAGCUCCGGUCUUUUAAUCCA